AUCCGUACCGGCACUAAGUCUGCGCCAAGCACGCAAGCGAAUAGCCUCGAUUUUCGACAGUCCACACUCAAUUUCCUGCUGCGGUAGCGUUCAAAGACACAACAACACCGACCGACGGAAAUACCAGCACAAUGACCAAGGUCCAGCAGUCCAUCGCGAGCUCGCGCCGCAAGUCGCGGAAGGCGCACUUCAGCGCUCCCAGCAGCGUUCGCCGUGUCAACAUGUCGGCGCCGCUCAGCAAGGAGCUUCGUGAGAAGCACAACGUGCGAAGCAUCCCCAUCCGCAAAGAUGAUGAAAUCAUGAUCGUGCGCGGAACGCACAAGGGCCGUGAGGGCAAGGUUUCCUCCGUCUACCGUCUCAAGUACACUCUUCACAUCAACGGAGUUGUCCGCGAAAAGACCAACGGCCAAUCCGUCCCCGUUCCCAUUGCCGCCUCGAAAGUCGUCGUAACCAAGCUCAAGCUCGACAAGGACCGUGAGAACAUUCUGGAGAGGAUAAGCCAGGGCCGCGAGCUUGCGAAGAAGAAGUCGGAGGCAUAGAUGGUGU